CCGAAGAUGGAACUCAGCGACCUACCGCCAGAGAUCGUCUUGAUAAUCCUGGAUUUCAUUGAGACUACUGCAGCCUUAAACGAUAUUUGCUUGGUAUCAAAGAAGUUUUGCGCUAUCGCCCAGCCGCUUCUUUACCAUGAGAUUAUCCUAGGUCCUGGAGAUGUACUGUUAUCAAUCCUACUUCUCUGCCGCACCAUUACUACCUGCCCUCUCAUAGCAGCGCAUAUCCAACAGCUUGAUAUUGAUACCGACAAUCCAGGCUUUCUACUGGCUGAGGGUGAACAUAAUAUCAAUGCUGUCAACCCAGAUAAAAUGCCAAAAGCAGAUAUUCACCUCCUCGAAAAGGAAGCCCAGGAUCUGAACUUGGGUGGCAUAGAUGCGUCUCAUUUUGGUACUGAAAUCGGAGACUCCGUCAUCUUUUCUAUGUUGAUAAUCUCACGCACUCAGAAUCUGAGAUCUUUGGUUAUUACUCUUGACCCCCAAGGCCUAUUCCUCCUGACUAGCUUAUCCCAAGGUCGUAUAAAUGCUCUUUGGUCAUUACCUUGCUUAGGCGGCCUCCAAAGAUUACACCUACGCUGCCGGAAAGGUCGCUGCAAUAAUAGAAUGAACAUGAAUAGUAUCGCCCGGCUUCUUUCUCUGCUGCCUUUGAGAGAGAUACAGAUCAGCGACUACUGUUCUGGUGGGCAAGAUUCAUAUGAAACAGAUAUUGCAGAUGUUACUCCCCUCAGAUCAAUUUCUGCCUCAGCUGUUUCACUAAAUGGCAGUUCUAUUGAGGAAACAGAUAUUGAUGUGCUGAUUGGACUAUGCAAAAAUCUGACUGCCUUUUACUAUGGGCCGUGUGGUUCUUAUAAUUAUCAAUUAAGUUUUCAGCGACUAUACUCACUGCUCUCUUGCCGACGGGAUAGCUUGCGGGUUCUCCAACUGUCAUUUGACGACCCUUUCGGCAUACCCCCUACUUUCAGAGACCACCAAUCCGGCGGCCCUCCUAAACAGUUCGUUGUCCUGGAAUACCUAAUACUGGAUCAAGUAUAUCUUAGCCGUAUACCUGAACUUCCAUCUUCCUUGGUCCACCUUACAAUACGGGAGUGCCGAUCACCAAUAGCGCAAGCAUUGGCCUGUAUAGCGGAAUCCGUGCUAAAUGGCAAACUGCCGAAUUUGCAAUGUAUUUCUCUUCACAGCGAUAUCGCCUGUCCUGGCCAGAUGAUUAGCUUACCGAAGAGGGGUGCAACUGAUAUAUUAUUCAACAAGACAUGCCAAGAUCUACAUAACAUUCUCGACGGAACGGGAAUAACACUGGAACUCGAAAAAGACUUGCUCGACAAGACUGUCCAAGGGUACGGCGCUGCGUAUGAAUAUGGUCAGCCCGGUGAAUUUUGGCCAUUCAUUUAUCUUGAAUAAGCGAGGCAAAUUCCAUACGAUCUGAACUUCUUUCUGAUGUUGGCGUCACCGCCUUAUCUCACCCAGACUGCGCUCUUUGUACGGCUAGUUGUGCGGGAGCAUGAGAAACUGAUUGUUCGGACAUUUAAUGUUCCGUUUUUGGGAUAAUCAUUGAGCGAAUAUCGCAAGCGCGACUGUCCUGUUA